AUGAAUUCCAAUAAUUAGAUCGAAUUCUACUUGAAUUCACAGCAAGUUGAUUAUAUCUAAAUGAAAUUGCCCUAAGGAUUCUCUUUGCACUUGGCUAGUCUAAUUCAUUAGAGAGAAUAAAGGAUUAAAGUUUCUAGGUUUGAUGCUACAUUCAAGACUCACAAAUUGGAAUAGACAAGCCAAGAAGACCUAGCACCGAGAAGAGCCUAAAGGAUACAACCUCAAUAAUAAAAGGACAAAAAGGAGCCAGAUAAUAAAGCAUAAAAAAUUCUGCAGAAAUAAAAGCAUCAUUAAUAAUAUUAAUAAUAAUCUUAAUAAUAGAAGCAAUAAUAAUAAUAAUAAUAAUAGUAAUAACAGCAACAAUAAUAGUAACAGUCAAGUCCAAAAAUUGUAUCCAAGUUGUAAAAACAAAUGACUUAAUAAGAGAAACUUAACCUAGGGGAGAACAUAAAACAAUUGAAAAUAGAAUAUUUGAGAGGUGUUUGGGAAAUUGUAUAGGAGAGUGUUUAAGCUAAUGGGGAGGAUGAGGUAGAAUUUGACAUCGAUGUCCUUCCUACUAAAACUGCUAGAAAAUUAGAAGCCUAUGUAACAAGUCGACUGCAAGCAAAGAAACAUAAAAACGAUGAAGAGGAUAAAUCAUUAGAUCCUAAUUCUUCAGAUUAAUGA